AUGGACGAUGAUCUCUUCCAGUUGAACACUCAGUAUCCGUUAUCAAGUUUAGCGUUCCUAGACGAUGUUUAUAAUGAAGAAUACAGUCCAGAACACUCACAAGACGCUUUAUACAUUCCCCAAAACACGGUCGCUACAAGGGCACGGAGAUCGACGUCGGCAUCAACACGAGGCAGAGGUCGAGGCGCUGCUUCGUCAGCUACAACAACGCGAGGUCGAGGAGCUCGUGGAGGUAGAGGGCGACGAGGAGCAGCAGCCACAUCUUCGACCAGGUCUUCUGUUGCUGAAGCUGUUCUUAACGCUAAUGAAUUUACUAUUCAACAAGGUAAGUAGCUCUUGAAAACUUGAUUAUUUUUAUCUGAUAUUGUUUUAGGUAGGUUUCAUUGAUAUUUUAGAAAAUAAAGGUAAAAGCAGUAAGAUUUAUGUUGAAAUUUAUUUUGUCCUUUCAGAAAACUUCACUGGCGACAUUGUGUCGAUGCAACCUAAUGUUUCCACACCAAGUACGAGUAAUGAAGUUCCUUUGAAAAGAAUAAGGUCGGUUUUUGUUGUUUUAGGUAUUACGUUCUGUAUCUAGGUUUGAAUCAUAACUUAUGAUCUUUUGUUAUCUAUUCUUUAUAUUCUUUUUCUUGUUUACCACAGACUAUCUUCUGUUUUCAGACUUGAUUCACCCCUAAAGUCUCAAAAUCAGACCUUAAAUGACCCAGACCAAGAUUGUUGUUGUACCAUCUGUUACGACGACUUUGAUGCUGAUCUACAUCGACUGGUAUGUCUAAAAUGUGGUCAUUUAUUUGGUAAGAGCUGUAUUAUUCGAUGGAUCCAAUCCGAAAGAAAUGGCAACUGUCCUACUUGUAAAACCAAGGCCACAGUCAAAGAUAUUCGACCAUUGUUUGGGCAGAUGUUCAAGGUGAUUGUUUUCAUAGUUAUUUACAUGUUUAGGUUUCACUGAGUGUUUAUUAACAGUGAAUAUGAGAUAACUUUUUUUUUAUUUUUGGUAGUGGAGUAUGGAUUAAAGUUAACAUCAGAGUAAAUAAGUUGUUUUUAGGCUUCAAAUGGAGCUGAGUUUAACCAGCUGAAAACAAAGUUGAAAGAAGCUUUAGAACAGAACGAAAAACUACAAGGAAAGCUGAAAACAACCGAAGAAGAACUCGAAAAAGCGCUGAAGACUAUUGCUACAUACAAUGAGCUAAAGUAAGUAACAUAACAAUUUGCAAUGGCGAAGAUUUCCUUUAUUUUACACACAUUGUUGUCAUUAAUAUGUUUUUAGCACUGUGAGCGUGAAAGAGUUCAAACUGGCUGUGAAGAAGCUGCCGUUCAGUUCUAUGUUGGCUAAAGACGAUUUUGUCAAAGCUAUUUGUGCCUUUGACAACGAAGAUUUUGUGGUGUGUGGAUGUCAGCUCAUGUCCAACAAAGAAAAGUGUUGUGGCAUUGCUAAGGUAAGCUUACUAGUUUUAGUUUAUAAUAUUGUUUAAAUAUUUGUAUCAACAGUAUUGUUACCUAAAAAUAUAAUGUCGUAUUUAUGAACGAAUACAAUCUUAAUCUUUAUUCUACAUUAUUUAUGAAAAUCUUGUUACUUCUAAGGAUUGACACUUUGAGCUUUCAGAUAGACUCGACGAGUGUUAAGAAGAUAGCACUACAUGAUAAGAUUGUCCGUUCCAUCCACAUCAACCCUUCUUCCCCGAACAUGGUGGCUUCAACUUCAGAUGACGGUACUCUUUGUAUAACCGACGUCUCGUUGGCUACACAGCAGCUGAAGAUCACCUACAAGCUGAAGUCGAAUGGGUGGGCUUGUUGUUGGAUGUCGCUGCAACAAGUGGCAGUCGGACUGAAGAAUGGUCGAGUAUACACGUACUCGCCCGGGAAAGAACCCGAAGAUAUCACUAAUGGAGACGGAGACAAGCCUAUCAUGUCUUUAAACUACGAUUCUAACCAUCGAGUUCUGUUCAUUUGUGCCGUCAAUUCUAUUAAGGCCUACAGGAAUGGCACCUUGUAUACUCUGCUUGAAAAUAGUAAGGUUUUGAUAUAUUACUGGUUAUACAUAAUUGUCCCCAUGACAUUAUUUAAAUUAAUCAAUAUGGUUCAUUUCAGUAUCAAUAGCUAGUUUUUGUUACGACACCGUUACCGGAUGCUUUCUGUUAACUAUUCCUCCUGUGCAAGGUAAAGUGAGGACAGCUCUCCAACUUUACAAAGUCGACUUUCAAAAUAUGGCAAGUUUAUUCCAAUUUUGUGUUAUUUUUGAUAAUUUUUAAAUAUUUGCUCAACGAUACCUACCUAUUUUUUGUAAUGUGAGUGAAAACGUUAUAUUCUGCGUAAGUUUUUGCUCUAUAGCUUUAUUUGGGAACCCUUGGACUGAAGUAAACUUUUUAGGGCGCAGUAAAACAACUAGGAAACCACCAAACCAGAUCUGCAAUGCUAAGCAAGAACACCGUCAAUAUAAUCUGGACAGAACCAGGAGGCCAGCUUCUGUGCGCCUUCUUCAAUGAAGACCUCCGCUUCACCAACAUCUUGAAUUGGGGACUGCCAGACGACCGAAAGAAUCCGGAAGACCCUCCACAAUACUUGAUCACCAUCAAACACAAGCCCACCGACCAUGUGGUACAUUACGCCCAGGCACAGAAGCAGGCCCCUCCGUCUGCUACAGCACCGUGCGGUGUUCAGAAUACCCUGUACGUGGUCACGACGACCAGCAUGUUUUGUUACUGUCUAAUUUAUAGUUGA